AUGGGGAUGCUGCUGCCGGGAGACCGCGGUUUUUUCCCUAGGCUCUGGGCUGCGCUCCUCCACAGAAUACGCGGAGAGAAAUCCUGGGCCAGAAAACUUGACGAAACCAACUUGUUGCAACAGAAGAGGAUCUGGGAAUCUCCCCUCCUCCUGGCUGCAAAAGAAAAUGAUCUCUCAGCCAUCCAGAAGCUGAUAGAGAGCCAUUCCUGUGACCUUCAUGAACGAGGUGCUGUUGGGGAGACAGCUCUUCAUGUAGCUGCCUUACAUAAUAACUUAGAAGCUGCUCAGCUGUUGAUCAAUGCAGCUCCAGAACUUGUGAAUGAACCUGUGACCUCUGAGCUGUAUGCUGGGGAGACAGCACUUCACAUAGCUGUGGUAAACAAAAACCUGGGCCUGGUGAAAGCUUUGCUUGUAAAGGGAGCAGACAUAAAUGGCCCUCGUGCUACUGGAUAUGUUUUCAAGAAAAGAAAUGACAGCCUUUUCUAUUUUGGGGAACACAUUUUAUCGUUUGCAGCAUGUGCUGGGAGUGAAACCAUUGUCCAGUUGCUGAUUGAAAAUGGUGCUAAGAUUCGAGUGCAGGAUUCACUAGGUAAUUCAAUCUUCCACAUCUUAACUCUCCAGCCCAACAAGGCAUCCGCUUGUCAAAUAUACGAUCUUCUUUUUUGCUAUGACAAGAAAGAGAAGCGUCUGGGAGACCCGGAUGCAGUCUUCAACUAUGAGGGACUCACCCCAUUUAAGCUGGCUGGGGCAGAGGGCAACACUGUGAUGUUCAACUACCUAAUGCAAAGAAGAAAACACAUCCUAUGGACUUUUGGGUCUUUGACGUCUACCUUGUAUGACCUUACAGAAAUUGAUUCAUGGGGUGAUGAUCAAUCUCUUCUGGAACUUAUUGUCACCACAAAAAAAAAAGAGGCCCGAAGAAUCCUCGACCUUACUCCUGUGAAUGAGCUGGUUAGCCUGAAGUGGAAUAAAUACGGACGGCCAUAUUUUUGUAUUCUGGCCUUAUUCUAUGUCCUGUACAUGAUCUGCUUCACAAUGUGUUGUGUCUAUCGACCGCUGAAAGAGCGAAGCUUCAACAAGACAAAUGAAAGAGAUAACACAAUCUAUGUUCAGAAACAUUUGCAGGAGUCUUAUAUUACUUCUGAAGAUAAUCACAGACUUGUUGGUGAGUUGAUCACUGUUGUUGGAGCCAUUGUGAUAUUGAUUUUGGAGAUUCCAGAUAUCUUCAGAUUUGGAAUUACCAAAUACUUUGGGCAAACUAUCCUCGGAGGACCUUUCCAUGCCAUCAUUAUUGUGUAUGCCUGUAUGAUUCUGCUGACCAUGGUGAUGCGUCUCACCAGUACCAAUGGUGAAGUUGUACCAAUGUCUCUGGCUCUGGUGCUUGGUUGGUGCAAUAUUAUGUACUUUGCACGAGGAUUUCAGAUGCUUGGUCCCUUUACCAUCAUGAUACAAAAAAUGAUAUUUGGAGACCUCCUCCGUUUCUGCUGGCUUAUGGCGGUGGUCAUCCUUGGGUUUGCAUCUGCAUUUUACAUCAUCUUCCAAACAGAGGACCCCGAUGAACUGGGCCAUUUUUAUAGCUAUCCCAUGGCACUCUACAGCACAUUUCAGCUGUUUCUCACCAUCAUUGAUGGACCUGCCAACUAUGAGGUGGACUUGCCUUUUAUGUAUGGCAUCACUUAUUCUGCUUUUGCUAUUAUUGCGGCCCUUCUUAUGCUCAACCUACUUAUUGCCAUGAUGGGGGAUACUCACUGGCGUGUGGCCCAUGAGCGGGAUGAACUUUGGAGAGCACAGGUUGUUUCCACUACCAUUAUGUUAGAGCGCAAACUCCCACAGUGUCUCUGGCCUCGCUUAGGCAUCUGUGGAAAGGAAUAUGGCCUAGGUAACCAGAGAUAUUUGAGGGUUGAAGAUCAUUGUGAAAUAAGGCAGAUGCCUGUUAAAACAAAUGGGCCUUACCGGAGAGAUGCCUUUGAGAAAUACCUGCAGAGGAAACACAGAGAAGAUGUAGCAGCUGAUAGAAAAGAUGGUCGACCAAUUUUGACAAAAGAGCAAAAGUGCGUUGGUGCUCCUUCAAAUGCAGCAAACACUAAUAGUCACUGGAACAUCUUACGGCAGAAUACGCUUGUCCACAAGCAGGGAUAUACCAAUCAUGCCAUGGAAGACGAGGAGGAGGAGGUUUAUCAUGUGUGAAUGCAUAGGCCCAGGUGCCUCGGUGGAAAGUAAGAUAAACUGGUAUAAAGAAACAAACAUUUAACAAAGCAAUGUCUCCAU